UUCACAAAUCAAACUCCGGGCGCCCAACACACAUCAAAUAAUGAUAGUUGAAACGGUUUUCUUUUGCCUGUGGGCAAGCCAAGGAAAUGGAGAGCGGAUCAAUAUCUUAAUUCGAUGGAUUAAAAGAAUCCCAAACUUGUGUAAGGCUUACUCCUGUUGGUAACUGAGCUCAAACUCGAACUUGAAUAUGACUUCUUAUAAUAUCGAAUUCAGAAAAACGGAGCAAUAAAAAGCAUUGGAAUCACACUGUUAAUUGCGGGAGGAACUCCUCUGGAAACAAUUGCGCCACUGUAGCCAAAAGGAAAUGGAAGGGAGUGGUUAAAGGAAAAAAAACCCGUCCGAUAUCAUGACGUAUGGUGAAAUAAACAUAUUGAAAUAUGUUUUAAUGAGAUAAGACAUUGAUAGAAACUUCGUGUAGUCGUACGGCUUUCAUCAUGAGAUCAAACCGCAGAUAAUUGACAUGCAAGUUUACAUAAAGUUUCUGGGAGACAAAUUGUCAUUUAUGUUGCUUUUAAUAUAAGCUUCGGCGCCACAACUUUUGCAACUGGUCACAAGAAAGCAUCAUGGAGAACCCAGGAAGUUACAACAGCAGCGACGCGUAUUAUCCUUACGAUUAUUACUAUUAUAACUAUGAUUACAACUACACAUAUGAAGAAAGUCUGAACUACCUUCCUCUGGACGAACUGAUUCCGAGUCUGACUUUUUAUGUUUUAAUUGGGUUGCUAGGACUUGCCGGAAAUAUUUUGGUCAUCGUUGCGAUUUUGGCGUUUCCUCGCAUGAAAAGCAUCACGAAUGUUUUCCUGCUUAGUUUGGCGUCUGCUGAUCUGCUGCUAGUGUUAAUCUGUGUUCCAAUCAAGUUGACAGCGUUUUUCUCGUACACAUGGCGGAUCGGCCCCUUCCUCUGUACAUUCGUGGCCUACAUCCAGAAUGUGUCCAUGGUGUGCUCAGUUCUAACGUUGACAGUCAUGAGUAUAGAAAGGUUCGUUGCGAUCAUAUACCCUUUGCAAGCCCGAUCGUUCUGUACGAUGAAACAUGCCAAGUUUGUGACCAUUUUCAUCUGGAUCGGAUCUUUCGUCAUCGCCUCUCCAACGGCGUUUGUACAGAAACUGAAAGAGGUUGGCAACUCGCAGCGCAAGGCCCAUUGGUGUGUGAAGCAGUACAUGUCUCAUGAGUUUGAGAUCGCCUACGAGGUUUACAUGUUCUUCAUCCUGUUCGCAAUUCCUUUGGGGGUCAUGUUAGUGACCUAUAUCCGAAUUUCCAUCGAGAUUUGGGACGUGGUCUCCAAAAGAGCAGUGUUAAGAUCUGGGAGUGAGUACAACUACUCCUCCAGUCAGAGUCAGAGCAAUGGCGCAAUGGCCAGAGAAUCCUCAUUUGUCACUCAGUCGUCGACAAAAUCUAAGUCUGUGCCCAACGCUUGUAGUGAAGAUGCAAAGACCAGAAAACAGGUAAUUCUGAUGUUGAUGGUGAUCGUUCUUCUGUUCGCCAUUUGUUGGGGACCAAUCCUUCUGAACAAUCUGCUGGUCGCAGCGAAGGUCAUCAGCGACCUACACGAGGGAUUCCUGAAGCCGAUGCGAAUGGCCUUCCAUCUGAUGUCGUACGCCAACAGUUGUGUCAAUCCGAUCGUUUACGGCAUCAUGUCCAAAAACUUCCAAGACAGUCUGAAAAGUGUUCUAAAGUGCUGCAACUCGCGGCAGACCUACCGAACGUACGUCUACAGCACUGAUACCACCAGGGCGUCCAUUCUCAAGUCCAGUAACAGCGAGGACAAAGAUAAUGGCUGUAUCGAAAUGAACUGAGUACCAGGAACCAAACUUUUCAUAGAAGACACAUUGUAAAUAAUUUCACUAUGGUUUAUUCUCUAAAUUCAUAUGUCGUAUACUACUGAUACGUUUAUAUUGUAGACCAACAAUUUCUUAAAGAAGUGGCUUUAUUGCUCAAUGUAAAAAAAAAAAUUUAUAGAUGGUAACGAUGUGUUGAAAUGUUACAAUCCAUUGAGAUAGCAUUUACUUAGUAAAAGUAUCAAAAAAACUAAUGCAAUGUGAUAUUAUUAUAAUAUAGAUGUAUGUAGUAUAUCAGAAAGAAGCGCAUUAUAUAAUUAUAUGUACAUAUACUGUAGUUUUGCUUUACAGCUGAAUAUCACCAAACAAAUGACCCAUGUAAAACAUUCUAGUUAAAGGCAGCUGAUGGUUUUCCAUGAAAUUUAGCUACCAUGUGCGAACAGAAAUAUCAUUCUUUUUUUUCUUUUUUUGUUUACAGAAGAUUAAGCUUACUGUUUUCAAAAUCACAAUUACCAAAAAUUUCGUUUUAAUUCUUUACUAAACAAAAGUUUUCGUGGCAAUUUUUAAGUUCAUUUCGGUACAUAUGUAUUAUUAUAUUUACCUGUUAAAAUUGAAUCAAAGUUUUUGUCGUAAUAAAACAACUGGCUGUUUCUUUGUAAAAAAUAGAGAAUUUUUUUUUUGAAGUUCAAGGAUUGAAAUAAAAACUUCCGUUUUUUAUAAUUACAGCUCAUUGAAUUUCCAAAUAGAUGCUAUUUAUCAUUGUCGCCUCCUUAUUUUCAAGGACAACCGGUAGUGGGAGAACGUUUGCGGGGGGAAGCGGAAGUGUAUUAGGUUUUGCCGUCUCAUUACAACAUUUAAUUACUCUUUUACCGUUAAUCCUUAUCGGAACAGCGGGGAAAAAACCUUUCCUUUUCUUCAAAUCAUCAAAUGUUGAGUAUAAGUCCAUAUAAAGAAAUAAAUGUAUUCUUAAUAUUUAUUGACUCGUCAGUGCGUGUCACCACAAAAGGGUAGAAAUUAGGAAUCGGGAAAUACAUUUUAAUUGAUUCCAAUUAAGGUUUACUAUAUUUGAGUUCAAAGCUAGGUUUAAUGCAAUUGUUGGAAGUUAGUCCUUGUCAAUGGCGUAUUGGAUCAAUACACAACAGUCUCUCAAAGAUAUAAAAAAAAGCAUAAUCAAUUUAUAUGGUCAGAAUGAAAUGGUUUUAAAUGAAAAGGUUUUAGUUAGCAUUAUUUCAAAAACUAAAAAUAUCUCUGCAAUUCUAGAAGUGAUUUGAAAGCACAGUUGCAUUAAAACAGAUGAGUUGGUAUUUUUGCAAGGCUGAUACUUACAUGCAAUAGAUUGUUGGGAAUUCCUCACUGUAAAAAUGGCAUCACAUAAAAAUUGUUAAGAGCCAAUAAACCUGUGCCUAAUAAAUAGGUCUUGAGUGAUAUACUGUUAUUUAGAUAAACUGAAGCUUAGCUGCUCAUGACUUUUAAGAAGUUACCAAUACGGCUUAGUUCUAGACAAAUAAUUAAUACUUGGCACCUAAUGUAAAACUGAUUAAUGCAUUUAAUUGUAAAGUGAAUUAAAAUUUAUUUUACUAAACUAUCUAUCAUUGCAUUCAUUAAAAUUUGAUUUUUAAAAGGUAUUUUAGCAUCAGAUUCACACGUAUGCUCAUAAAAACUUCGUUUUUUAUACGUUCAAAGAGUUGUAAAUAACAAGUAUAUGCAUAAACAGGUAAUAUUGUAAUUUUACUAAUAUGCCAAAGUGCAGGUUUAGUAUUUCGAAAA